GUGAAUCGCCUUUCGGUCAUCAUCAUCGCUCCUCGUUUGCGUCAGUUCUUUUCCCCCCUCCUUCCGAACGCGGUCACAGUCGCGUUCAACGCUGUCGUUUACAACCGUCUCAUUUUGCGUGUGUCGCUCUUAAUACAUUCAUUGUACACUGGACGUGUUUGAUGGCUUUCUGCUGAUUUGAGUCUCUAAUAUCAAACAGCCCGUCGCAGACAGAAGAAACGAACUGACUGUAUACUAAUAUCUACAUAUACACUCGUGCACAGGAUAUAAUGUGGCCGUCGUCCAGCGCAAGUUUUGCUUCGCUCGAAAAUUUGGUUUCGUCAAUGUCCGUGUAGCUGAUAGAUGGUUGCGUUGGGCCAGUGACCAGGGCCUUUCUUAAUCCCGUUGUUUACUUUGUCGUGUGGCUGAUUCGAGUGGUCGACAAUUUUUUGCUGGUGAUAAGCGGAAAGACAUUUCACCCGUUGCGGCUCCAAAAAAAAUGCUGUGUACCAUCAGUUACGCAGCAGUUGGAAAUCGAGUUUGAGGAGCUGGCGGAAUUGAGAACAAGUCCCAGCUAUCGCUGAAACAUCCCGACUGUCCGUUCAGUUCUGUCGCCCGUCAGCUGCUCUUCCGUUCUACCUCGAAAGAAGGUCUCACUUUGACGCUUCUUUUGCAUGUUUCUUUUCAGGAAUAAUGCGCAUCCAUUCUGCUGUCGGGUAGAGCCAUCAUCAGUUGCAAUCAUGAAACCACUACAGCCGCUUAGCACCGUCUUCCUUCUUAUCGUGUCCAUCGUCACGUUCGCCUCGUCUACCAUCCAUGAAAAAGAAAAAGACAUUUCGAGUGAGUUGGGCAUUGCUGCUCUCGCACUCACGGCCGAGGAUUAUGCGUCGAGUGUACAACGUUCAGACGAUAACGACGGAGGUGGUACUAGUCGACACACUAUGACCGAUGCAGCGGCCAUUAAUUUAGCGGAACGGUCGCCUCGUUUUGAAGAUGCAUCCGGUCACGCUAACGUCACCGUUCAAUUGGGUGACACGGCCUUCCUCAACUGCAAAGUCUUGGAUCUUCAGGAUAAGACGCAGGUGUCGUGGGUGCGACGUCACGAACAAGAACUUCAUUUGCUGACAGUCGGCAUGCAAACGUACAGCACCGAUUCGCGAUUUUCGCUUCAUUUCCAACACCCCAACGACUGGCGACUGCAAAUCAAGUUCGCUCGGCCUCGUGACGAGGGCAUUUAUGAAUGUCAAGUUUCCAUCCACCCACCUCGCAUCUACACGGUUCGACUCAUCGUCGCAGUACCGAGUGUGGAGAUGGUGGACGAUCACGGCCGCGUGAUUGAGGAGAAAAUCUACAAGACGGGCAGCACGAUCGAGCUCAAGUGCGUCGUCAGUAAAGUUCCCGGACCCACUGCCAACAUUAUGUGGCGUCACGGGCUGCGAAUACUCAACUACGACACUUCGCGUGGCGGCAUCAGUGUCAAAACCGACCUGUUGCCCUACGGCGCCGUCAGCCGCCUCUACAUCGCCAACGCCAGUCAACGCGACGCCGGCAAUUACACGUGCAACAUCUCCGAGUCAUCGUGGACGACGGUCGUGGUCCACAUCCUGAACGGCGAACAUCCAGCGGCAAUGCAGCACGGCCAGUCGUCAUCGUCGGAGAGGAGACCGCUCGUCAUAUCUAUGCUCGUUGUAGUUAUGGCCUCAUGGUUCUUCAUGUGGAAAUGCUCUUUUAGCCGGUAACCGCGUUUCCCCACCAGAAAGAAGAAAUGUCCAUCGUUUUGGCCGUCAGUGCGUGCCCGACGGUGAAGCAACAACAUUAAGCGACAUGACAACAAAGAGAGACCACACACAGUGCUAAGAGAAAGGCAAUGGAGCUCAACCCCCCAAAAAUCGGUUCAUAAUUCAUCGAGGCGGGAGACGCGGCGACGUCAGCCGACCGUAAAACCACCGCUGAACAAAAUAAACGAAUCACACGUGAAAUAAACCAGAAAUAUGUAUACACAAACAAGGCUCCUAAUAUACCUACAGCCUUGAUGAUGAAGCCAAAAAUUUUGAUUUUCUGGUCGGGAAACAGCCAUUUCUAUUAGUGAUUCGAAGAGCUUCAAUUGUACGGACUGCACUCGAUGUACAUAUACAACAUUCACUAACCCCUUCCCCCCAAAAAGAUGAAUCCAUUCUUUUAUCAACGCUUCAUUUCGUUCAUAGUUUAUAGUGGACGUGGCCAGUGAGGUCCGAACGUAUGUGCUGAUGCUUUUACAAAGUGCGAUGUGCGCGAUAUAAAGACUUGAAAAAAAAGAAAAAACCGAACGCCAUCGGGCUGAUGAUGAUCCUCGCGUUCAACUCGAAAACAAAUUGGAAUUCUGUUUAAGGGUUAUGGAGCGUGCGGGCAAAGGCGUAUCAGCAGCAAGACUGGGUGCACAUCCUCCCCCUCUUCUUUCUUCAGAAAAUAAAAUAACGUGAACGACGGCCGAUCAAUAAGCGAGUAGAAGAUUUCCUCUCGUCCCGAACGAUCGUGUGCGACGUCGUCGCCGUUAUCGGAACGAAGCAAUGCAACAUGCUCGUUAUAUUCUGUAGGAAAAUAUUUCAAAUAAAAAAGCCGCUAGACAGUGGAGGGAAGAAGCCGCUGUUUGCAAAAUCAAAUAUAUUCAGCCGAAGCAAAAUCGUGUAACAAUCACGUCCUCCGUGUGUGUGUUGGCUACCCAAUUGUGACUAUCGAUGUGACGAGAAUGCCAGAUCAGCCCAUUGGGGAAAGCCCAUUUGCCAACAUUUUGAAAGGAUAGACAACAAAAAUGGACCUCGUUUGACGCGAUCAAUACCGUCACGCAAUCAACUGUUUUCUAUAUCUGCCAGACACACACACACACACGUGUUUACUACGAGUUCAUGUCAAUUUUUCCUGUCCUUGUUUGAUUGUACAGCCGAGAACGAUGGCUUCAUUGCCUUUUUCAAUUGUUUUUGUUUUAUUUUCACCGCUGUAUUCAGUUGUUUUGAACUCAACGUGGUCCUCAUUGCAGCACGUCCUUGUUUUCCGUAUAGAACAAGUCCUCCACGUACUUGCUUUCCCCUCCGUUGAUUCGCGGUUGCUGUUCUUAGGAACGAGCAAAUCACAAACACAGCAGCCGCUUCAGGCUCUUGUACAGCGCUCUACGAGGCCAUGCGGAUCUGGAUGGCCGGAUGGCAAACCAGAAGCCUAUUAUACAGCUCCGUCUAAACUGUGUGUCCAUGAUGGAUUGGCUGGAUUGCAUCAAUUUCGCAGCGGUGACUUCAUGCAGCCACUGCACACGACCAUACAACAGCAUGUCCUCUUCACAAUAUAUUAUAUUCACCGACAUUACACAAGAGCCGCUUGUUUGAAAUUCAUGUUUCCCCUUCAAUUGUUUGCCCUCUUGCAAACCGACAUAUUUGUGCUGUGGACCUCUUGUCGUCGCUAAGUGGACCUAGCACCAAUACAUUACAGCACGCCGACUAUACAUGACGUGCAGACUGUCGCUAAAACAAGAUUCGCGUGCGUGCCGUGUUUUAACACACACCCUGCUGGCUCUCUCGGUAUAUAUACAUACAUUCACUAUAAUGUGUAACUCACCGUUUUGAAACCAGUUUUUUUUUUCUUUCUUUCUUUAUACUCACGAUUGGCUCAUCAAAUUGUCAACAUGUAAUAAUAAAAAAAAAAAAGGUUUUAAAAAAAAUUCUAUAGACAUAAUGUAAAGCCGUCCGCUCGCGACGUCGACAUCCAUUUUUGAAUAAUGUGUUUGGGUUUGUUGUCUAAACAGUCUUAUAUUAUACUCGUACAUAUAUUACUGUAUGCGUAUAGGAAUAGCAAACUAUACGAAAUGGCGUCGAUAUUUGUUUGACACCUUAUAUACUCAAUAAGAUAAGAAUUUGAAAGAAAAAAACGAAUUGUGUAUUUUACAUUAUUCCAAAAGACAAAUCGGCCAAAAAUUCUUAGAAAUUAUUCAUUUUGAUAUUAUUGUCCCAUGUCAACCAUUUUUUUUUCUAAAAAAAAAAAAACCAAAAAAAAAAAACAUACAAACAAAAAAGCCUUCGUCAGUUUCUGGCAGAUGAAUGGCGUGGACGAAAAACCGCAGAGACACAUCGGAUUGAAACGACGAACGGCUGUAUUACACAAAACCGUAUACUAUACAAUCUAUAAAAUCAAUUUGAUGAAUCAGGUUUGAUGACGCGUGUGACGCAACCAAAUGUAAACCCACAAAUCACAUUUCGUUUGAGGAGAAACGAUAGAAAUCAAAGCAAACAAACUGUGGAAAAAUACAUGGGUCACAGAUCUAUAAAUACCAAA